AAGAAGAUAAGAAACUCUAAAAAACCAGUUGUCUUUCUUUCCUUCUUUCUUCAUUUCGUGUAAAUAAAAAAUUAUUUAUCUCAGUUCAACUUUAACUUUCGAUAAACUUGAAAGCGAUUCCUCACACAGUUUUAAACCAAAUUACAACUCUAUUUUAGUUACAAUUAAUAAAAAGGGAGGAAAUGGAUAACGAGGAGCUUGAUUUUUAGUUCAGCCUCGGAUUCGUACCAAAUUUUUGAUAUUCGAGAUGUUCCUGGAUUCUUUUGCGUAGGUGAGAGCAGUUACGAAGGAUUUCGGAAUACUAUGACUUCUUUACGAUCUUUAAUGCUUUUAAAUGACAGUUCUAAUGUUGAAGAUUCUUCGAUUUCGAGGAGGUUAUCUUUAGCUUACGAACGGUUACAUUCAAUGCCGAAAAUAUUACAAAGACAGCUCGCACCGGGAAUACAAAUUUUAGAUAUAAGUAACAACGAAUUUGAAAAGUUGGAUUUUUUGGAGGAUUUUAAUGAAUUGACGACGUUGAUUUGCGAUCAUAACCUAAUUAGUUCGGAUACGGAAAUUCCUUUUUUACCAAAAUUAGAAUUGCUGUGGUUAAAUCAUUGCAAGAUACAAAAUUUAUAUCCCUGGGCGAAUAAACUUCAACAAUCAUGUCCUAAUCUCAAAUUUUUAUCUUUAAUGGGUAACCCCGCGGCGCCUUCUUACUUUAACGGAGGAAAUUUCUACGAUUAUUUACAAUAUCGUUACUUUAUCAUUUCGUUAUUUCCGAAUCUCAUUCAUUUAGAUGAUCGCGUCGUAACCGACGAUCAAAGAGAGGAAGCUCAAAAACUUUAUAAGCGACCAUUUUACGAGCAAUUAAUUACCAGGACGAGUUUACCGAUGUGUUUGAGAAGUGUUAAGAACAAAGUUCAAAACAUGCUUUCUACCACACCGCAAUUUGCACAAAAUCGAAAUAAAAAUUGCGUUAUUUAAUAAUUUCUGCUAAA